UAUUUCACAACAUGAGCGUACCUGUGACGUUGUAAAACGUGAAGAACGUAGGCAGUUUGUGUUUGCAUUUGAAAAUAUCUUCAAGAGGUUAAAUGGAGUUAAACUCGCUGCUGCUGCUUCUGACUGCUUCAUUUUGUUUGACUUCAUCACAAGACAGCUGUGGGAACCGGCCCUUGGUUGGCCCCCCAGGUUCAUCUCGUAUUGUAGGGGGGCGGGAGGCCCCAGUGGGGGCGUGGCCCUGGCAGGUCAGCAUCCAGUUCAUGUCCAUUCACCUCUGUGGCGGGACAAUCAUCAACAACCUCUGGGUGCUCACUGCUACACACUGCUUCCUCAAAUACCGGAUCCGCAAAGGCUUUUUCCGUGUGACUGCAGGACUUCAUGACCGAUCCACUCCAGGAGAUCAAGCCCAGAUCCGCCAUGUCAGUGAGAUCAUAAUGCACAAGGGCUACAAUCAUGCCACGACUGAGAACGAUGUGACGCUACUGCUGCUCAGCUCUCCCUUCAAGUACAGUGACCAUGUCCAACCUGCCUGCUUGCCUCAUAGUGUGACGCAUGAGUUACUCCUCAACUUCAGCCACUGUUUCAUCAGUGGAUGGGGGAGCUCGUAUUUCAAAGGCAAGCAUAUGAUCAGACUGCAGGAGGCUGAGGUGGAGCUCUUUGACAGGAGAACAUGUAACCAGGUCGACUGGUACGGCGGCCGCAUCACUGAGAAGAUGAUCUGUGCCGGACUGGAGAGCGGGGCGAUUGAUUCCUGUCAGGGUGACAGCGGGGGCCCCCUGCAGUGCUACAGCGAGGAAGAGGAGAGGUUUUAUGUGAUUGGAGUGACAAGCUUUGGGGACAAGUGUGGUCUUCCUCGCAAGCCAGGCGUGUAUGCCAGAACCAGCAGGUUUGCAGAUUGGCUGAAGAUGGCAGAUCAGACAGCAUCAGUGUCGGCUGCACACAGACUGAACACAAGACUGAUCUCAGCUCUGCUCAGUGUUUUUCUGACGCUAUUCUGAAACAUCCAGCAAUAAAUGUCACCAUUGCUGUUAUGCAUCAAACUGUUCUAAUUAGCCAUCACGAUUAGUGAUUAAAUGUUAGUUUAACAUCGCGA